CCUUCCUACUUUUAGUAAAUCUGCCCCUAAGUGUUGGUGUUACUGUUCUUUAAAUAUCCUCAUAGUGCAGCAGCGAGCUGCAACAUGUAAAAUUCAUACUACUUUAUUAUCUCCAUUUCUGGACAUAUUUCACUGAGCAAUUCUAAUAAAAAUGAAUACUUCCGAGUCUAUCAUUAUAUGAUAGUAAAGUUUAUGCACCAAAGUAAAACCACAGAGAAAAUGUAAAAGUUUAGUAUCUUCUAUCAUUGACAUUAUUUAUUUAUUCUUAGUUUUUUAAUACUUUGUUUAUUUUUAUAUGUCACAAUCUUAGAUGCUUCAUGGUUGAUAAAGAUAUCAAGGAGGUUAAAGCUAUUCAGAAAGUGUUUCCUUAUAGUAAAGUCUUACUGUGCUGGUUCCAUGUCCUUCAGGCUGUUCAUAGAUGGUUGUCAAAAAAAACCUGUGGUAACUUAGAUCCUUCUGUGCGUCGUGAAGUCUUACAGUUUAUGAUAUCACUUAAAAUGUCAAGCAGUAAAAAAGUAUUUCAAGAACAUUCUACUGAGAUUCUUGAGCGGGUAAAAGCAAUCACUGGUAACGAUAAAGUUGGUGACUAUCUACAGCAUCACUGGUUUCCUGUAUCUGACAUGUGGGCACAAUAUGGUCGACAGGUGUAUCAUGAAGAAAGUGAAACCAACAAUCUUUUGGAAAGAUUUUUCCACACUUUGAAAUAUCAAUUUUUGGAAGGAAAAGCAAACAUGAGAUUAGAUAUGUUAGUUUGUCUGCUAACUGGCAAAGUUGAGAAAUAUUACAAGCAUUUAACUGAACUUCACAAGGCUGGCCGUAUAUCAAGUUCACAAGAAAAGCAGGACAUUUUCGGUACAGUGGAGAAAAUGAUACAGAAAGAACUUGAAGCAAAUAUUCAUCACAAAGGGGAAGGGAAUUAUUGCAUUCCAUCUGAGAGUCAACCAGCAAAAUAUCACAAUGUAAAUGUAAUUUAUAACAUUUGUGAUUGCUGGUUUUCAUUGAUGGGCAAUAUUUGCAAACACAUUGCAUUUGCCAAAACUCUCCUGUCAAGGGAAAACAUUUCUUUAGACCAGCUCAGAAAGUCUGAAUGUAAUUUAUUAAUAAAAAGAAGAAUGUAUAUCCAGGAAGGAGCAACACUUAUUAUUAACAGAGAUGAUGAAAUGAGCAUAGUCCAUAAGAGUAAGUGCUCUUGUAGGACAAACAGUUUUGGAGAGACAUGUGUAUGCAUUAUGAUUGCCAUUGCUCUAAAAAACUCUACCAGCAAACCAACAAAACAUACAGCAGGUACACUUCAAGCUGUAGAUGAACUAAAAAUGUCCAAACCAGCUAUUCCAUUUCAAGAUACUUUUGAAAUUGAAGAAGAAUUAGACACUGUUACACCAACUGUCCUAUCUACCCAGAAUUUGGUUCAAGAUUUAUAUACAUGGGUUAAUAGCGAGUCUUUUGCUUAUAACAAAGCAUUACAUAACACACUUAAAAAAGCACAUGCAAUUGUCUUUUCAAACUUUGAAACAAAAAGCAGAAAAAAGAACAUUGUUCCCAUACGAUUUCAAAGAGCUAAACUGAGGGAAAACAAAAAUAUUCAUUCAAGCAUUUCUUCUUAUAGAAGGAAAAAAAAGAAUUAUCGUAAAGGGUUUUUUUCUCAAAAGAAAUAAAAAGACACUUUGAACUGUAGGAUGCUUCCUCAAUAAUAUUGCUAAAAACUGUGUAGUACACUAUAUUGUAAUAAAAUUAUUACAUUUUAUAUCAGAAAAAAGUUUUUUUGUUUUGUAAGAGAAAUGUUAUCUUAUGUGUGUCCCAAGUACACAUUUCAUAUGCUGCAUUCCUAAUUAAUAAGGAAAAAGGCAGUAGUAAAAUCAUCCCAUACACCAAUUCUCUGC